AUGGAAAUUAUUUUUUGGAAGAAAAAAAAUUAUGGAAGAGGAUAUUUGAAGGAUAUAAAAAAUCCAAGGGCAGAAGAACUUCUUCAAAAAAAGGAGAGAAAAGGGAAAGGAGAGACUUGCCGCUUUCCAACCGGUUUGAUUAUAAUAAUAACGCCAACCGGCUGGGAGAGGAAAAAACUAAUUUUAAUUAUGAAUAGUAGCCGGAGGAUAUUUUUAUUUAAUUUGUGUCUUUUUAAGCAUCUUUUAUUAACUCUUCCUUUCUUCUUCCGUAUUCUUCCCUCAUUUUUCUUCUUCCGUAUUCGUCUUUCAUAAUUUUUCUUCUCCUAUUCUCCUUCCCCCCACCCCUUUUUUUUACUCUUCCUCCUUCCAUCUUUACCCUUAUCUCUUUCCUCCAUUCGCUUCACUCAUUUUUCUUCUCUUUCCUUCAUUUUCUUCUUCUUCUUCCAUUUUUCUUCAACUUCUAUUCCCUCAUUUCCCUGAACUUCUCCUUUUAGAAAACACCUCCUACCUUCCUCUAUUCCUCCCUUCAUUCACUUCCUAAUUUAUUCAUUCUUCGUCAUUGUGAUUCUUAUCAUCUUCAACUUUUAGUCCUUUCAGUUUUUAACGUUCUUUUAUUUUUCCAAAAAUUCUUUUUCCAUUAUUCAUCUUCAUAAUUUUAUCCUUCUUCCGUUUUCCUUAUUUUCCUCUUUAAGAUUAAAAGGAAGAAAGAAAAAUGGACAUGACAACAAAAAAAGACGGACUUGGCGUACUCCUCUCUUAUUAAUCUUCACGCGACUCUAUUCACGCCACUGGACAACAGGCUUGAAA